GCUGCUGCUUCCGGUCCGACCGCCGCCGCCGCCCAGCAGUUCGACGACCUCGUUUCACCGCCUUCUUCACGACACCCGCCGGAAACCACCACCAAUUUGCAAGAAUGAGUGAUAAUCGUAUGUGGAUGUACGCGAGAUACAAUGAUCGUACUGCAUUUGAAACGGGGCUUGAGUUUUUCCUUGAGUGGGCGUUCAAUCAAACGGCGUACACAGAUGGACAAGGUAACAUUAGGUGCCCGUGUAAGAAGUGCAAGAAUCAAGCGUAUUUAGAUGUACCUACGGUCAGAAAACAUGUUAGUAGGCGUGGAUUUGUCCUGAAUUACAAAGUUUGGGUUUCUCACGGGGAAGCACCGCUGUAUAUGCCGAGAGAACAUGCUAUAAUGAAUGAGGAUGAUGGAUUAUACAAUAACUACGAAAGGAUGGUGCAUGACCAUGCUGGACCUAGUAAUUAUCAAGAUCCUCCAAAUCUGGAGCAGCCGCCCAAUAAUGACGCUCAACAGAUUUAUAACAUGUUGGAUGCAGCGGAUACUCCAUUGUACGCAGGAUGUGACACGUACACACAAUUAAGCUGGAUGACUCAAUUCAUGAGCAUAAAGACUGAAAGCCACAUGUCAGAGAGGACUUACAAUCAGAUGUCUUCGAUGAUGAAAGCUGCUUUACCAGAGGGUAACAACUGUCCAGAAGACUUCUAUAGUACGAAAAGAAAUCUACGUGGUUUGGGUUUGCCAGUAGAGAAGAUCGAUUGCUGUGUUAAUAACUGCAUGUUGUAUUGGGGGGAAACUAGUGAGCUACAUAGUUGUAUGUUCUGUGACCAAUCACGAUAUAAGGACAGCUUGCGUGCAUCUGGGAGUCCCUUCACAAUCUGUAGCCCAUGA